AUGUCCGGAAAUACUCUUGGAGGAGGCGCGGCAGAGCCCAUGCCUGAAGGCUGGGGUAGCAACUCUAAUCGCCCACGCGUCGGUCGUGUCGGAGACUGGAACAACGCUGGUGGCUCCGGCUCAAACUCCAGGUCUGGAAGCGGUGCACGUAUUGCUACAUUCAGAGAUCUUGUAUCUGGCGGCGGCGGAGGCCCUGCUGGUCCCCCUCCUCCUCAUUCGCACGAUGACGACGAUGACGAGGAAGAUGAACGUCGCCCAGAAGAAUAUUUCGCCGGUGGCGAGCGCAGUGGUGUUGCGAUCACGAACCCAGAUCAGGGUGGUGGUCCGGGAGGCUUGGUGCGCAACUUGCUCGAGCAAGCACAACGCGGCGGCGUGUACAACCCACCCGAGCCUCGUGGUCCACAAUACUUCUCUGGCGGUGGGCAUGCACUUGGCUCCGAUGAAGUUGAGAGUCGAUACAUUCCCGAUCCGAAUGCCUCCGAGGAGCCCGAAGAAGAGGAGGCCGUGCGCCACUUGCACCUGUGGCGCGAAGGCUUCAGCGUCGAGGAUGGCCCGCUGAUGCGCUAUGACGACCCCGAAAACCAGCAUAUCCUCGAGCAGAUCCACGCUGGACGCGCUCCGCCUUCUAUCAUGAACGUGCGCUACAACCAACCAGUCCAGCUCGUGAUCGCAAAGCGCACGAACGAGGAUUACCAACCUCCCCAGCGCACAGGUCCUGCUGCGCACUUCUCAGGAUCCGGCAACCGUCUCGGUGCACCUGCACCAGAUGUAGCGUCUUCGUCAGCUCCGAUGCCGGGUUCUUUCCCUGGCUCGAGCUCAAGCCCGCCUGCGACUCGCGAGCCGGAGAGCAUGAACACUCGCUUUGAAGUCGAUCAGUCAAAACCUACGACAAGUGUACAGGUUCGACUGGCGGAUGGUACGCGGAUCGUGGCGCGCGUCAACCUCACCCACACCGUCGGCGACUUGCGCAACUUCAUCAAUGCCAGCCGCCCGGGCAUGACUGCACGCGCAUACACUAUCGGCACGACGUUCCCCAACCGCACACUCGAAGACGAUAAGCAGAGUAUCGAGGCUGCGGGGCUGAAGAAUAGUGUCGUUGUGCAACGCUGGGCGGACGCGUGA